AUGUCUGAGGGCAAAAGAGAAGAAGAAGAAGAAGAUUGGGCCAUUCCAGGUGGCUUCAGUCUCGGCUAUGGUCCUUCAACCUUUGGCUCUCCCACUGAAGACACUACCCCUGCCCCUUCAGAAAGUCGUAAUGAGCCUGAUACCGCACCCCUCGACCGGUCAGCAAAUACCGGCGGGGGGGCCGAGAGCCGUGUUGGUAGUACGCAAUUGACAUUGAGCCCCACUCAUUGGCAAGAGAUGAGGCAGGCUUGCCACACUUUCAUUCAAGAGGUGGAGCAACAGCCAGAGUACGACGUGGCUCCCACUGACGAAACGACGAAAGCCCUUGCCGCCCUCAAUGGCACCACCCCCUCAAACCUGAACCCUACCUUUUCGGAGCAAUCCGUCGUAGCCGCCUCACACUACGAUACCUGGCAUCCUCCUUUCAGGAGUUUUGAACGAAAUGGGAAGCCUGCGUUUGACUAUCUCACGGCAAAGACGCUAUUUUCUUGUAAGGAAGAGCCGAAUGAGGUGGUAUGGCUGGCCAAGUAUUCGGUGUCAGUUGCUCGGCUCAGGAGUAGACGUGACUGA